AUGGCAACGCGCUGUCGGUCUACCAAGAGCCUGAACCUGAAUCGGUCGCUCCUCAGCCUUGUCGCGGCAUUCCUCAUUUUCACGUUGCAAUUGUCGCUGUGUAGCGCCCAAUCACAGCCACGCCUCAGUCGACGACCUGCUGCAAAGACAGCUGCAGAGGAGUCCAGUGAGCGAUCCAUUGUGCCCGAUCAGCUGGCAUUAGCCGCAAGUCGUUCAGAUGGCCAAGGACGUGGCUAUCAACGUCGCGGUGCAGCAGUGCAUACAAGAACUAAGGAACCAACGCCAGACUACAGCUAUGGCCAGCUGGAGCUAAAUCUGAUACGACCCGAGCACGAGACGUCUUCAUUACCGCCGCAUGGCAAGAUCAAUGGGUAUUACGGCGGCGUUAGUUUGAGCACAACCUCCGAAUCGAUUGGAACAGCCAACAACAACAACGGGGAUAUGAGUCACGAGAAGGCAUUGGAUGACUCGGAGACGGCUGCCGAGUACGUGCAGCAACAACAGCAGCAACAACAGCAGCAGCAACAACAGCAGCAGCAACAACAGCAACAACUGCAACAGCAGCAACAUACAAUUAAUGUGGCAAGUGAAGCAUCUCCACCCGCUCCAGCGCCUGUCUAUGAGAAGGAAUCGGUGCCAAGGAGCUAUGAAAUAUAUGAGACACCCGCUCAACCCGAACCCGAACCCGAAUCCGCUGCUGGCGACAUCGAGCGUCUAUAUCGCACCAAAUACUAUAGUUAUGCACCACCGCAACCAUAUCGCAGCAUCGAGGCGGAGGCGGAGGAUAAGGUGCGUGUCUCCGCAUCCACAGAGAUACCCAAGGCGGAGAUAAUGAAGCAAAUUGAAAAGUCUGUCAUCAAAUACAUGAAGGAGCUGGAGGCGGAGGGUAAGAUAAUAACCACACCACAGGAACUGGCACCGCCAGCCACCAAGACCUACUACAAGCUGCUCUCGUUGCCCAACUCCAGUCAAAGUUCCGCCAAUUCUGGAGAGGAAAAGCGCUACAGCAGCAGCACAGUGCGUCCCAAGUACAGUAAUCCUUCAGCAGCGGGUCAGGGUCGUCAGCAGGCGCAGUCUAGUCAGCAGCAUGGCCAAUACCAUGCCCAGCAGCAGCACCAGCAGCAGCACCAGCAUCAUCAGGUCAACAUCAAUAAGCCAAGUGCCCAUGCGCUGACCAAGCCACAACGCUAUCAAUCCGAGACAGAGACCGCCUACCAGGCGCCUGAGCUGUCGGCAGAAGCCUUGGCACCCAAUGUAGAGUUCAUCUAUAAGAUCAAGACUCGUGCUCCGCUGCAGACGGCCACCGUGAAGACGGUAUCGAAGCCGUACACUUUGCCGCUCAAGAGCAGCUCGGAGCACUUUGAUCAUGGAGCUGCUCUAAAGAAUAUCGAGGAGUUUGAUUUAUCGCAUGUGGUCACAACACCGGAACGGGAGCGGGGACGGGAGCGGGAGCGGGAUCGGGAUCGGGAACAGGAGCAGGAACAGCACGUGACUAGCAAACCGCAAAAGCUGUACUUCAACUCAGAGAUCUAUCAUGACAUUAACUCGCUGCCCUACAAGGGGGAGAAGCUGCGAGGUGUCAGCUCCAGUGCCAGUCAAAUGCAUUCUGUGCAGGGUCAGGAAUAUCGACACAAGCUGAAGGCAGCCGCCGAUCUGCAUCCGGAUUACAAAGGCUAUUCCGGCUAUUUUGCGGAGCCGGUGUCCAGCAGUAUGGAGCUGUCGGAGAAGCUACCGCCCAGCGGGAUUGAUAACGAGGACAUGGAUGACGGCUACCCCAUACCCUAUCAGUAUGUGCUGAAAAAGGAGCCACUGUCCAGCAAGUACGAGGAGGAGCGCGAAAGCUGGGAGUCCCUGCGUCAGGCCCAUGGGAAACCAGCUUCCGGUGGCUACAAGUCCACAAGCCUUGACUACGACAGUUAUAGUCCCAAGUUUAACAACAAUCCCGAGGGCUAUGGCUAUCAGCAUACCUACAAGACGCAGUUGCUCCGCGGUGGCGGUGCCGGCUCACCUGGUGGUGGUCAAUCCUCGGCCGGGAGUGCCGUCAAACGUGGUAAACGCGGAGGCGCCGCGCAUCCGUCAUCUGGUGGUGGUCCUGGAAAGAAACUGCUGAGAGGCGGACCCUCAGGCGUUGGUGCCACAAUCGGAGUCGGUGGUGGCAAGCACAUCAAAGAUCUGGAAGCAAGCUUGGCACUACGACCACCCCCCAAGAAAUAG